AGUUCCUCCGACUCAAACAGACAACUCACUGAAAAUGUUCAAGAGCAUUCUACCACUGAGGAGGAUUCAUUCCUCUGAAUUCACCAUGGUCACUGACCUUGGUGACACUGCGCCAAAUGGCAAAGAAAACUAUCCCGCUUUAGCAACCAUGACCAACACCGCAAAGCCACCAACAGAGAAGCGAGCCAAGAAGGUAAAGGUCAAGCAUAAUUCGAAGGAGGAAGGGACGGACUCUCCAGAUACCGAGCAGGCUUUCAGUCAAUUGCUAGAUGAACUCCAGAUUCCUUCGACAAUCAGGCCCAAGUUGGCUACCAUGGAGCCCUCUGUGAAGGCAGCUAUGCUGAAGUCUUCACACACAUUGGCUCGUAAAGGACCUAACUCGCCGUCGGGAGGACUGCGCAAGUCGCAUAGCAGUGAAUCACUCUCUUCACCAAGAAUGCUUCCCAUCGACAGCAGUACUUACGACGUAUUCCGAGCACCUACUUCAAUGUCUGGUGUACCUCCAUUUGAACUGGCUCCUUCAACUAGAUAUCCGAAACCGCAACGACCGUUUGCUACUGCCGGGCAUGCUCGAGGCGUGUCGCUAAGUUUGCGCAAGAACGCAUUUGCGAGCCAGUCGACUGUGUCUCUUGCAACUUCAGCAAUCAAUCCAGGAAAGGAGAAGAAAGAGUUGAAAGCAGCGGCGAUAUCGGCUUCUCGUUAUUGCAGUAUCCUUACUGGGAGUUCGACUACUCAACUUGACGUGGAGACUGUGAAGAAGCUUAGGCUUCUUCUGCGAAACGAAGCAGCUAGUUGGACGUUAGACUUCGUCAAUGCCGGAGGCUACUCAGCGCUCCUCACAAGACUGAGUGAGAUUUUGGAGGUGGAGUGGCGAGAAGAGCAACAUGAUGAUCAAAUACUUCAUGAACUCCUCCGGUGCUUCAAGGCCCUUUCGACCUCUGCCGUAGGAUGCAACGCGCUCCGGAGCCGUGCUCCUACUCCAUACACACAACUGAUCGCUCUACUUUACUCGGACAAGAAGCCUGGUGAAGUCGCUACACGCCAACUCAUCGUCGAACUCCUGCUAGCACUCUUUGAUUUGUAUCCUCCCUCAUCACUACCUUCACUCGGUAGCCCGAAUAAUGGAUACCCAACUCAUCGUUCACAAUCCAUCCCCUGGGGGGUCGCACCAUCCACAAGCAAUGUUAUCACUCUUCCGCCUUCGCACACCACGUUCUUCUCAUUCAUACGUUCAGUCCUACUUACACCUGCUCCCCCACCUACAGAAGACCCCCGGAUACCCGUUUCUCCCCACCAAUUCAUCGAGGAAUUGCAUAUCCCGAGAAUUUAUAAGACAUACCUCCAGGAACUGAGUGAUCUGUGUCGGGAUUACUUCUGGGUAUUCUGUCAUCCGAACAACACGAUAUGGAACCUAGACGAGACAGAUGAAGGGAAGGUGGAGCGACCAAGAGCACCCGGAGGGAUGACAGGAGGCGUCGAAUUCGAAGCCAUGUCCUAUAUGACUAUUCAGUUCAGGUUGAUCAAUGCGAUUGCUAACGCUGCACAAGAAUUGAACCUGCCAAAGGAGCAUGAGUUAUCGCCACACAGACUCCACUCAGACUUCUUCCUCUCAGGCAUCGAUCGAAUUCUUUUGAUUGCACGUAAAGCAUCGACCACUUACUACCCAACUCUUCACCUUGAAAUCGCUAGAUAUGUAACCGCCGCUGGCCGAGCAGGAUACGAAUUACCUUGGUCCGUUGCGAGAAUCAUAGGUUCACCUCCAACUGCUAUGCGAAAGCCUGGGUCAUCAAGUCGAAGUGGUCGGAGCCCGAGCUCAGCGAACACGACUACCACUUCUUCAGUAGGAGGAUCGCCUACGAAGCGCAAUGCUGUGAUUGGCACCCCUUCACUGCCUCAACUUCCUACUCCGAGGAAAGUCACACCUAUGUUCGGAAUGGGACCGUAGGAGGCACAAAACUCGAAGGAAAGUGAAGACCUGAUAAUAAAGAAAACCGCAAAUAGAUAUAUAAUUUAACAACGCUUCAUACGGAGCUUGUUGUGAGAAGGUUAGAUGUUUCUUCCGGGUCUUGACUUAUUCCUUGCUUUCGCCAAUCCAUUUCGAUUUCUUCCUCUCUUCAUACGAUGACAUCAAUGCCUCUCAUUUAUCGUCUUCGUCCUUAUGAUGUUCAUAUGUUUUCCAUUUUCUUGAUGAUAUAAUGACCCUUUUACUUACGCCGUGUACUGAUAUACAUACCCUCGUGUUUAUGACGUUCAUAAAUUGUUGUAUGCUGUUUUCUUUCGUUCAUUAUAGUAUGUACUGUUUCAUAACGAUUCGAAUACAUAGCACGAUGGACUUCACAAUCUUCCAUUUUACGUAGGCGGGGUUCUAUGUCCAAUUGAUGCUUUGUCAAAACGGACCUACAGUUCCGAGUUUUAUUCGCAACAACCAACUUCAUUCGCUUCCAGUCUGAUGGUACAUUAUAACGACUGCACUUGAGAUACUAAGUUAUUUUCAACAAAGAUCCUAC